CACAACUUCAAGCUUCUAUCCCUCCACCACCAUCCACCAACGCCUCUCAAAUAGUGAGUACACACAACAAUAAACAUCAAUUUGCACACCACUCCCCCGCAUACGAAACCACCCACCAAUUCACAUCAUCGCGCGCCGCGCACCUCCGAAAAAAAUGAAACUCCUAACUCUCAAUUUCCUCACCUGCGCCGUGAAAGCGUGCAAAUCAACCAGCGCAUCGUUUCCUCUCCAUCCAAAAGAAUGUUCGCUUGUUAGUAAUGAUAUACCUUUAAAUACUGCUUUACUUCUCAAUAUUCUGCCGCGGAUUGAUUGGAAGGCGCUCUGUGUUAUUGCUUCUGAGCUCUCAUUCCCCGCUCUCCCCCCCACACCACCCACCCCCGAAACACUCCAAGAAGACGAAAAAAUGAUGAAGGAACUCCACACGCUUCUUUUGGAAACAGAAAUCGACGAGGGAAGUUUAGUUUGUGCGAAUUGUGGACAUGAGUAUCGGGUUAAGGAGGGGAUUGGAAAUUUCUUGUUGCCGGGACAUUUGGUUUAGAUGGUGGAUGGAUGAGGAUGGUAAUGGAUGUGUGAAGUUGGGACUCGGGAAUUAAAAUUUGUGAUCUUGAUUGGCUGAGUCAGAUCUGGAUGAGGAUAUGUACUCCUGGAUUGCUAGACGGAACGGAAAUCGGAGUCAUAGGCAGAGAAAAUUUAAGGGGGAGAAGAAAACAGAUAAAGCGUUAGAAUGGUAUGUGGUACGGUCUAUGUCUAUUUAAGGCUCCGGAGAAUCGAGAGCGGGAAGGAGGAAAAAGACAUGACGCAUCAAAAGCAUAAUCAAAAAAUAGUACCGCGCAGCUUAUAGUCGUGGAGAAGAAAUAGAAUAAAAAGAUACCCAAAAGA